AGUACCUCCUCCUCGUCGAGCCUUUUGUGACCUAAGUGAAGAUGAAACCUUUUGCAUUUCUCGUUCUGGCUGCCUGCUGCUGCAGUGUGGCCCUCGUUCAGGCCCGUCCGGAUGUGAGUCAUCUGCUGCAAUCGAACCGCAACUACCUGCCCCCGCUGCCACAGAAGGAGCUCUCUGCCAGCCAGAAUUACCAGCAGAUCGCCCAGAGCCAGAUCCAGACCCAAUACCAGAAUCAGAAUCAGAUCCAGGUGCAAUCAUACCCCCAGGUGGAGUCCAUUCAGGCAUCCAUCCCAUUGGCCAGCUUCUCCAUUCAGUCGGGCGGACAAUAUCAGUCUGCCGCUCCCGCUCCCGUUCCAGCUCCAGUCCAGGUCUCUAUCCCAGCCCCUGCACCCGCUCCUGCUCCAGUUCAAAUCUCUCUGCCGGCUCCGGCUCCUGUUCAAGUGCAGGCCCCUGCCCCAGCUCCAGCUCCCCAAGUUAUCUAUGAGUCACCCAAGCCAAUUGUUGCCACCCAAACGGCGGUGCAAAAUGCUUAUCUGCCACCAGCGACACCUGUCCAGCAGCAGUUCGUGCCCGCUCCCGAACCAAUUGUGGAGACAACGGUGCAGCAGCAGCAAACCACAUACAAUGCCCCAGAGCCUGUAGUUGCUGCUCCUGCUCCUGUGGUUCAGCAAAGCUACUCUGCUCCUGCUCCUGUGGUUCAGCAAAGCUACUCUGCUCCUGCUCCGGCUGUGGUUCAGCAAAGCUACUCUGCUCCUGCGCCUGUGGUGCAGGAACAAGCCUAUGCGUAUCCCGCUCCUGCUCCUGUGCAGCAACAGACCUUCUCGGCAGCCCCAGUCAUCCAACAGACUUACUCUGCCCCCGCUCCCGUGCAGCAACAGACGACGUACAGCGCUCCUGCGCCUGUGGUGCAACAGACUUACACUGCUCCUGCGCCAGUGAUUCAGGAACAGACGUACUCUGCUCCUGCUCCUGUCCUGCUGUGGUACAAACCUAUCUCAUCCAACUCUGCUCCUGCGCCUGUGGUUCAGGAACAAGACUAUGCGUAUCCCUCUCCUGCUCCUUGGUGCAGCAACAGACCUUCUCGCAGCCCCAGUCAUCCAGAACAGACUUACUCUGCCCCCGCGCCUGUGCAGCAACAGACGUACUCUGCUCCUGCUCCUGCGCCUGUGGUGCAACAGACUUACUCUGCUCCAGCUCCUGUGAUUCAGGAACAGACGUACUCCGCUCCUGCGCCUGUGAUUCAGGAACAGACGUACUCUGCUCCUGCGCCUGUGGUGCAACAGACCUACGCUGCUCCUGCUCCUGUGGUGCAGCAGUCUUACUCCGCUCCUGCGCCUGUGAUUCAGGAACAAACCUACACUGCUCCUGCUCCUGCUCCUGUUGCCGCGCCUGUUGCCCAGCAAACUUACACCGCUCCCGUUGCCAUUGCACAGCCUUCGAUCUCGUUGCCAGAGCCAGUUCAGCAGACUAUACAGCAGCAAUACAGUGGCUAUAGCUACCAGGCGCCAAUUGCUGCACCAGCACCCGCUCCCAUUGUACAGCAGACAACUUACUCGGCUCCAGUUGCAGCCGCAGCUCCAGCUCCAGCUCCGGUUCAGUUCCAGCAAUCGUUUGUGCCCGCUCCACCAGCUCCAGCGCCUGCACCCAUCCAGAUUCAGUCACAGGUCCAGGUCCAGGCCCAGGCUCAGCCAAUCGUUCAGUAUGCGCCACAAGUGUCCACGUACAACAAUUACGCUCCUGCCGCUCCCGUGCAGCAGCAACAGCAGCAGCAGCAGGUGUCCUUUGCACCAGCAGCCAUCGUUCAACAGGCUGAGACCAGUGUGGCCCAGGUGGCACCACAGAUCACGAACCAGAUCGGCACUGAAUACGCCGCCAAUGGCGGCUAUGUGUACGAGAAGCACUAAGCACUAAGAGAAGCUGUGUGAACGGGGACCCCAGCAGAUGUCCGAACUCGCAUCGAGUUGUGGAUCGUCGUGGAUCCUGUUGGGCGAACGUUGGAACGCUGAUCGUUUCAUCGCACAUCUCACUUACUGUUACUUAGC